UGAUGAUUUGUCAUCGCAGACUGCUCUUCCAGGAGCGCCGACACAUACCUAUCUCGUUCUCCUGACUUGACUGCUACAGCUCAUCUUCCUUAUCAACGUUCUCUUUACUUCUUGUCAUCGUUGCCUGCAGUGAACUCACGAACACCUGACUUAUUCCCCGUGCAAGAGACUCCUAAUCUCAUGGAGUUCCCCACUAUGAACAACUUCUGGGAUCUAUCGCAAACUCCAUCUCAAUUCUCUCAACUUGGCGAUGACGACUUUCUUGCUCUUCUCCAAAAACAAUACCCAAACACAGUUCCCGACAUCAAUUCCACUGACAUUGACGACGUAAACCAGAAACCUCCACUACCAGGUCUUACACCACCCUCUGAUGAUAGCAGCCCAAGCCCACCAAGCAUCAACAGUGCCAAUCAUUCACGCUCCAGGCACCAGUCUACUUUCUCCCGUGGAAAUGACAAUGAGGAGUCUGCGCUGAAGCGCAAAGCAAGUGAUGACGACAUGGAGGAGGGUCCAAGUACAAAGAAUCAACACACUGCUGAUGACCCGAGCAAUUCAAAAAAAGGGCCAAUGUCCAGACGAAAGUCGGGAGGGUCUCAGGAUGAUACACGGCUACUCAAGCGAAAGGAACAAAAUCGUGCUGCUCAACGCGCUUUCCGAGAACGAAAGGAAAAGCAUGUCAAAGAUUUGGAAGAUAAGGUGGCAGCUCUCGAGGCAAAGAAUAAGGAUGCGCAAAAUGAAAAUUCUAAUUUGCGAGAUCUUCUCGCACGCCUUCAGGAGGAGAACCUUGCUCUUAAGCAAGCCCAAUUCACAUUUUCAAUGCCGAAGGCGAUCGAUCAUCCAAUUCCUCAGGCUUCCUCAUCAGCAUCACCUCAGACCGUUCAAGCGCCGUUUAGCUUCUUUAGCUCCCCUCCAGCUGUACCGCCCCCCGCUCCCCCCGCAUUACGCUCCUCUCCUAAGCCAUUUAGCGAUAUUGAUUGGAGUUCAUUGACAACGUUUGAUCCCUCAUUGCUCAGCGCAAUGGAUGAGAUCCCUUCAGGUCCUAUGCAAAUUGAUCCUUCGACUUCGCCAUACGGUCAAUAUGCCCUGCCAGCUCCCAACCAGUACAAGACUCUCGCCACCAAUACAUUCUUCAUGUCGUUUGCUGACUCCGAUUCCAAUUCGUUCAACAAUGGCCCUCCCAGCAACGAAAACGUCAACAAUAAUACCAGUAACGGUUUGAAUCAAUUCCCGUUCAAUUUCCCCUCACCUUCGAAUUCCUGGAAUAGCACAAGAAACGGCCAAUCCACAGCGGAAUUCUCACAGUCUGCAGGUCAUUCCGACUACAUGCAAAACCACAGCCUAGACGAGCUUUUCGGCGAAACAUUCAUGAAUGGCCAAAGCGUUGACUUUGGCGCACUAUUGAAGAGCCCGCCUCCACCCACAAUAAGUCCCGUGACGCACGCAAACGGGAAUGCGCAAUCACCACCAAGUAGUAUAUCUUCAAAAAAUUCCAUGGCUUCUCCCCUUUCCGCACAUCCCUUAUCAUCACCGUCGUCAGCUAGCACAUCAAACGGCCAAAGUCCAUUCAGCUGGACGAUGUCCCGACAGGACGCCGAAAGUCCACCCUCGGCCUCCGAACCGGCAUCUAAUGUCAAUCCCGGAGGGGCUAUGGCGCGCUGUCCGACGAGAGAUGAUAUCGAGAAGUAUAUAGUUGCAUCAGGUGACUCGCCGUUUACGAGUUCGCCGUUCACACAGCCCGCGGUGCGCAAGAUGAGUGAUGCUUCUCAAGGAGGGAAUAUGAUAUCCUGCGAGGGCUCGCAAUUCCCGAAGACGAAGGAGAGUUCGGAAAAUAUCGAAGUUCUGAAAGCGUGGCGGACGAUUACGUCCCAUCCUCAGUUUAAGGACGCGGAUAUCAACCACCUAUGUACGGAGUUUACGAAGAAGGCGCGGUGUGAUGGGACGAAGGUCGUUUUAGAGCCAGAGGGUGUGCAUCAUAUCUUGGAGACCUUCAAAGCAAAGUCACUGGCUCAGAAUCAGCAACAACAGCAGCAGCAAACAUCUACUAGUUCAUCGAACUAGCGAUGACGGAUUCCCAUUUGUAUUAUCAUCGCUAGAUCAUCAUUUAUCCUGCUUUC